AUGCCCUGCCCUGCAGGAACAUUUAGCUCCAAAGAGGGGAACACACACCAGAUCAACUGCACCACCUGUUCCCCUGGAUCCUACUGUCAAGUUGAAGGCACUGCACGGCCUGCUCUCUGUCCCCCUGGACACUACUGUCCUGCCGGGCUGACUCUCGGCCUGGAGUUUCCUUGUCCUCCUGGCACAGUGCAGAACCAGCUCGGUGCCUCCAGUCCCGAUGCCUGCCUGCCCUGCCCUGCCGGAAUGUUCUGCUCUCAGUCUGGUGCGUCCCAGCCCACAGGGCCGUGUGAAGCAGGAUACUUCUGUCCUGCUGGAUCAAGCAGCCCCAACUCAACUGAGUAUCAGGGGAAUUCAACCAGAAGCCACCUCUGCCCCUCAGGACACUACUGCCUCUCUGGCACUGGCUAUCCUCUGCCCUGCCCCACAGGCUCUCUGUCCGUCUCCCGAGGGCUGAAGGAAGUUGGCGAGUGCUCGCUCUGUCCCCCUGGACUGUUCUGUGACAAGCCUGCAAUAACCGAGUUCUCCGAUGCCCUCCCAUGUCACGCUGGGUACGUGUGCCUGGGUGGAAGCUCGGGUCCCAUCCCCUCAGAUGGCUCCCAUGGCUACCUCUGCCCUGCUGGCCAUAGCUGUCCUGUUGGCUCAGCGAGGGAGGUUCCCUGUGAGCCUGGCACAUACAGUCCUGCCCCCGGAGCAGCCCGCUGCACAACCUGCCCCCGAGGGACAAUGUGUUCCUCCUCCGCCACUCAGGAGCCCUCUGUCUGCCUGGCUGCACCCCUGACACCGUCCCGGCAUGCUCCUGAUCGGUGGAUGGUGACCUGGGUGAUCUCCACCCAGGUCUGGAUCAGGGCGUCAGUGAGCUCCUGGACACUCUGUGGAGGUCAUUUUUGCCCUGCAGGGACGGCCCUGCCUCAGCCCUGCCCUCCAGGGACAUUCAACAACCAGACAGGGGCCCACUCCCUCUCUGUGUGUAGCCCCUGUCCCUCUGGAGUGUACUGUAGCUCGUAUGGAGCCUCAAUGCCACAAGGUCGUUGUUUGGAGGGUUAUUUCUGCCAAGGUGGGGCUGUGGGACCAGCUCCUCCGAGCUCUGAUGACUUCCCCCUGAAUGGCCCUUGUCCUGUGGGCCAUUACUGUCCAGCAGGGUGUCUGUCCCCCAUUCCAUGUCCUCUGGGCAGUGUUCGCAAGACCACCGGAGGUGUGUCCUCCGACAGCUGCUCAGCCUGUCCUGCAGGUUACUAUUGCUCCACCGAGGGUCUGGCCAACACCAGUGGUCCCUGUGCUGCAGGUUUCUACUGUCCAUUUGACUUCUCCUCAACCACUCCAUAUGCCUUCCUCUGUCCUAAGGGCCACUACUGUCCGGAAGGCUCUGCCCUGGCCUUACCAUGUCCCACAGGAGAGUACCAGCCGAACCCCGGCUCGGACAGCUGCAUCCCCUGCCGACCUGGAUUCUACUGUGAGGAGGCUGUGGUGGGGGAGCCGUGGCCCUGCCCGCCACACUCUUUCUGCCCUGCAGGCACCAUGGUUCCUCAGCCCUGCCCCAAUGGGACUUUCACUCAUCCAAACCAGGAAGGACUUCAGGAGGAGAGAGAGUGUUUACCGUGCCCUUCAGGGAAGUUCUGCAGGGCUGGAAGGAUCCAGGGCGUGUGUGCUGCGGGGUAUCUUUGUGUUUCUGGGAGUGCAGAUUUCACCCCCCAGGGACCGGGGUCCAACUUCACCCAGUGUCAGUGGGGUAUGCAGUGCGCUGGACCAUGUCCACCAGGUUUCUAUUGUCCUGAGGGAACACAGGAGGCUCAGUUGUGUCCUGCAAAUACAGUCAGAAGCUCCUCUGGAGGUUCCAGCCUACAGGACUGUUUACCCUGCCCUCCCCAGUACUGGUGUCAACCUGGAGAUCCAGCUCUUCAUCUGUGUCCUGCUGGUCAUUACUGUGAUGGUCUGACUGACGGACACUUGAGUGGAGGACCCAGGCCAUGUCCUCUGUACACUUAUCAGGCUUCCCCUGGAGCAGGCAGCAAGGGGGACUGCCUGCCGUGCCCUCCUGGUGCACACUGUAACAGCACAGGGCUAACAGACUACUCCAACAGUCCCUGUCCGCCUGGUUACUGGUGCAGUGGGUCUGGCCCCCCCAUCUACUGCCCCGCAGGCACCAAGAGGCCACUUCCUGGAGCUGCUAUGCCCAGACACUGUGAACCCUGUGCAGGGGGAACCUUCUGUCCAGACCCCCGGGAAACAGGGACGCCCAAUGUGGAGGGAGUCCGUUGCAGGGCUUCCUAUCAAUGCCCCAUAGGUGCAGCCUCAGAGAGGCCGUGCAGAGCUGGCUCAUACUGCGGACCUCAGACUGCUGAGCCCCAAGUUUGUCCUGAAGGUUAUUUGUGCCCUGAGGGAUCCCACUCCUACGAUACGCCCAAACAACUCUGUCCCUUCCCGUACUACUGCCCGGCCAACAGCUCCACCAUGAAAUCCUGCGACGGUGGUUCCAUGCCUGUCACCACCAGUGGGCUCAGGGGAUCCAAAAGCAGCUGCUGUAGUGUGUGCGAGGGGGGCACGUAUCGUCUUCAUCACUCCCCCGUCCCACAAUGCCUUCCGUGUCCGCCACGAUACUUUUGCCCGCCAGGUACUGACUCUUACAAAAGUCACCCUUGUCCUUUUGGGUCUGUCUGUCCCGUUGGAUCCACUGAGCCUGUACCCUGCCCCCCCGGUUCCUUUGGUAACCUCACUCGUGCUGGGAAAAUGAGUGACUGUUACUCAUGUCCAGCUGGAACCUUUAACCACCUGCCCGCCCAGAGCGCCUGUUUCCCCUGUGGCAGCUCCUCUACCUCACCAACUGGUUCUUCCUCCUGUACCUGCAUUGGUAAGAACCGUGCAUUCCAGCACUCUGAUGGUUCAUGUUUGUGUAGAACUGGUUUUAUCUUCUACAACGAGCUGGAUUACCAAAGCUCCACCUCUGACAGUGAACUGGACUGCCAGCCUGAGGUGAACAGACGGUGUGCCACAGGACAGGCCCGGCUGGCGGCAUCCAGAGAGUGUGUGUCCCCUUCCCUCCACUCCUGUAGUACCACCUGUGGACCACAUGGAGGAACUCUGGAUUUGGAGAUGGGAAUCUGCCAAUGUGAGCGAUACGUGUCUGCCGAGGAGCUUUGCAAUACUUCCUGCCUCUACCGUCUGCCUCAGCUCUCUGCGCAGCUCUCGGCAGAUGGACGCCUGCUGCUCAGCCUGAAGGACAGAAGCCGCAUGGUCUGGACACGGACUGUAAUGGAUGUUUUGGGACCAGAUAUUCAUGCAAAGAGUUUUGGGAAAAUUCAUCUGGUCCAAUUUGACUCUGAGGGAGUAUUUGGUUGGAUUCCCACACAGACGGGACUUAUCAAUCAGUUCCUGUCAGAGCCAACAGAACUCCUUAAUACAAGACCGAGAAAGAGGAGAAAUACAAAUGAUGAGGAUGACGAUGAUGUCGAUGGAGACCUGGCUGUUCUUCCACGGAUCCCCAACCCCAUUGCUUGUAUAUCCUCCGGUGACAUGCUCAUUUUCCAUCUCGCCAUCAAUCACACUGACCGCCGUCUCAGUCACUUCCCAGUGUAUCAGAAAGACCACCUGUUCAAUAGUAACCCCGGCUGGGACUUUGGAGCCUUCAGACACUUGCAGAUGCUCAUGAAGCAGACAAACUUCAACUCCACCAGGUUUGCCCACGUGUUCUCAGAAACAGGGAAGUAUGUGUUUGUGGACAGCGCUGUCCCCGAGUGGAGUUUGGUGGUGGUGGUCAGUGAGGAGGGGACGGAGUGCGCUGCUCGGUCGGCUGUGUUCCAGCCCAUGACCCCGGCACAUCUGGUCAGAUUUGGGAUUGUCAAGCAGCACCGGCUAAACCUUCUGCCUGACUGGGGAGUUAUUGUAGGGGUCCUGAGUCUGCUGCUGGUGGUGGUUGUAGCUGUGACCUCCACAAUGCUCGUUCUGCGACCCAGCAAAGCAAAGCUGGUCUCCCAGUGGAGGAGGAAGCCAAAGUGGCGCAGUCUCGGGGAGCCCUUCUGUCCGGUGGAGUGUGAUUGCAAUGGAGACAGCAUCGCUGUCCCCAGUUUAGGAGGUGCUCUCGGCAGCAGGGGGAUGGGAGAAGGUGCAGAGGCUGAGGAACCCGCUCUUUCAAAGGGAGGAAGUGUUUCAGGGCGCUGUGAUCUAGAGGAGUUCAAUGUGAAAACCCUGUACGACAAACUCGAGGACCAGAACCUCCACAUCGCCUCCCAGCUGGCUCGACACCGCAAGGACAUGCAGGAGUUCUACAGAAACAUUUGUCAACAGGCGGAAACACUCGCGAAUUCCUUUGAGAAUAUGGACCAUAAAAAGCUGAGUCUUCUCAAAGAGCUGCUCGUCCAUAAUACCAUGAGGGAUAAACCAUCUGACAGCAUUGUGGGGGAGAGAGAAGCACAAGCUGAGCCCUCUGUGGCAUUACUGGGAACUGUUCUCAGGUCUGUGGAAGCUCUCGUCUGCAGGGUGACAGGAGAAGCUUGGCAGAACCGGGAUUACUGUCAUUCUGGUCCUCAUGAUACCAGAGAGUGUGAACCGCAUGCUGGAUACACACAACCCGGUGACACCAACUUGUGUUACACACAGAGUCAACAGAGCACAGUCCCUUGUCUGAGUGACCACGACUUGUCCAAGCUGGUCAGUAUAUCUCCUCUGUUCAAGACCCUGCAGGAGAUCCAGCAGUCUUUACAUAGCCUCUCCACAGCUGAGCCUACUCAGCAUCUCCACCAUGCUGUAGAGCCGUCUGUCCAGGAGAGCUACAACGGGAAACUCAUCCCAACUGCUCUGGACAACCUCUCCCCUCAGCACGCUGCAGUGUUCCUCUUUGGUUGCCAGGUGAUGCGGUUGCUCGAGAAAUGUCCCCAGUUCCCCUCCGUGCUCCUGCUACUGGCCAAGUCGAUCCCAGUUUCUUCAUUGUCCACUAAUGAGGCCACGCUGGCCCAUUGCUCUGGGGACUUUUACUUUGACGCGACCAAUCAAAUCCUGUAUCUGUCAGAGGCAAAGCUUCAGCACGUGGGGCAUUUUAUCGGCGUCCUUCUGCAGUCCAUGGCCCACAUUGCGUCAGCCUCAAGACGUCAGAGCUUUAUGCAAGCGCUGCAUGAGGCCGUUUCCGCUCUGAGCCUUCAGAUGUUUAACGUCUCUUUCAAAUGGAGCUCGGAGGAGUCAAAAUUCGGCGGUUCGGAGGAUCAGCACGGUGCGUUAGUUACAGACUUUCUCAACGCCAGAGUUCCAGCUGAGGUGCAUUUCACUGAGCACCUGUUAGCUCGCAGACUUGAGAAAUACAAGUAUUUCAAGUUAGAGCAGCUCAUCUUCAACCUCGGACGGUGUUCAACUGAGGACACAGACACAGGUUUGCCACCAAAAGGGACGCCGAUACAGAUAUCGUGUGUCGAAGAAGAAAUCGACCGCUUGAACGAGUCCUUCCUGCAGCUCAGCAUGCAGCUACAGCAGAGAGCUCCAAUGAGCAGAUGGAGAAAGGAGACACAGAGUGCUGGGAACCAUUCUGCGAGGGCCACACCAACAAGCAGCGAGCCAAGCCUGAGUCGUAGUGGAACAAUGCUGCUGGAGCUGAAGAGACGCCAUGUAUCACAGCGGCUCAAUGAGCUCCAGCUCACAUUAGGUCGGAUCAGACAGCGCCAGCAGCGUGGCAGCGAGUCAAGAGCUGGGACAGGAGGCCGUAAACAAACAGACAGCAGCAGCAGCACUCGGCCGGGACAGAGGGAGCAGUAUCCUGGCAGAGAUGGCUGCAGUCCCGCCGACGGCCAGCAGCAGGGCGGUGUUCCAGCGAGCCGGAGUCACAGCCAGGAAAACAUACAGGGCCAGGCUCUCGGUAACUAUAAAGUGGAGAGUCAUAUUUCCCACCAGCAGAGGAGUAACAACCCUGAAAUGUGGCCGGACUGCCAGAUGCUUGAGAGCCAAGAUCAGCCGCUUGUGACCGUGCCAGGAAAACAGGAGCUAAACGGUCAGAUCCCAAUGGAAAAUACAACUGGACACACGGACAGUGAUGACAUGUGGGCGCCCGCUGAUCAGAGACCGGAUCUGAAUGUGGACAAAUGCUAAGAAGAAUUAGUCACAUAUUGUAUUAUCUGACCAUUAUUCCUCCGCUCCCGGCCUUGUGCUCGAAAUCUGUGUACACUGUGAUAAUCUGUCUUGUUUGACGAUCAGAGCCGGAGUCUUUUUAAUUAUCUGUGAUCCCAGACAGAAAUAAUUUCUGGCAACAGGCAGUGUGGCGUGACACCCUCUGUCAUCUUGUCCAAAUAGUUUCUCAGUCGGGAGUUAAUUCCGGCCUCAAACACAGGCUCUGUUCAUUACCAUAUUCUAAUUAAGAUAAUAAACUCCAGCUCACUGAACACAAGGUGACACUUGUGCGUCUGUGCUUACAACAACCUCCCCCUUGUGUAGAGGCGACAACCCUUAUGUCUUCAUGAAUAUUUAAUAUCGAACGACAAUUAUUCUCUAACCCUCUUCCUCUCAGGUCCUCUGACCUGUCGUUUGUCAUCUUUUCUCAGCUCUUUAGCUCCUUUCAUCUGUUUUCCUCCGUGACCAACAGGCUAUGCAAGUCAAACCAAAGGCAGCUGUGAAAGUUGAAAGCCUGUUGGAUCUGCUCCAGACACGUCAGUGCUGCGCGGCCGCCUCCUUCUCCUGGUUUGAUGGUUUAUCAGUCGUACAGGGGUUCUGGGUCUUAUAAUAGAAAGUGAGUAUUACUACAGGGGGCCUGUGAGCCAAAUCAUAAGGUCAAAUGGAACAAGUCUUCACUUGCAAUCAGUGUUGGCUCAGAGGUCUGUGCCAAGUCCCC